AUUUCUGAUAGCAAAGUUUCGACUUUUAGACAUAAUUUGUGAUAGUAGAGUUUCGACUUUUGACAUAAUUUCUGAUAGCAAAGUUUCGACUUUUAGAUAUAACUUGUGAUAGCAGAGUUUCGACCUUUGAACAUAAUUUCUGAUAGCAAAGUUUCGACUUUUAGACAUAACUUGUGAUAGCAGAGUUUCGACUUUUGGACAUAAUUUCUGAUAGCAAAGUUUCGACUUUUAUAUAUAACUUGUGAUAGCAGAGUUUCGACUUUUAGAUAUAACUUGUGAUAGCAAAGUUUCGACUUUUAGACAUAAUUUGUGAUAGUAGAGUUUCGACCUUUGAACAUAAUUUCUGAUAGCAAAGUUUCGACUUUUAGAUAUAACUUGUGAUAUCAGAGUUUCGACUUUUAGACAUAACUUGUGAUAGCCAGAUAUAACUUGUGAUAGCAGAGUUUCGACUUUUGGACAUAAUUUGUGAUAGCAAAGUUUCGACUUUUAGAUAUAACUUGUGAUAGCCAGAUAUAACUUGUGAUGGCAGAGUUUCGACUUUUGAACAUAAUUUCUGAUAGCAGAGUUUCGACUUUUAGACAUAACUUGUGAUAGCAGAGUUUCGACUUUUAGAUAUAACUUGUGAUAGCAGAGUUUCGACUUUUGAACAUAACUUGUGAUAUCAGAGUUUCGACUUUUGAACAUAAUUUCUGAUAGGAAAGUUUAAACUUUUGGACAUAACUUGUGAUAGCAGAGUUUCGACUUGAUGUGACAAGAGAAUUUUGAUUUAAAGACAUAACAUCUAUGUCAUCGUAGAGUGUCGACUUUAGAACAUAGCAUUUGUGUGAUGAUAAAGUUUCAACAUCACGACAUAACGUGUAGGUGAUUGUAGAGUGUCGACUUUACGACAUAGCAUUUGUGUGACGAUAAAGUUUCGACCUCACGACACAACGACUUUAGGAUAUGGUAUUUAAAUGAUAAUAGUUUGGACUAGUUCUUAUACCAUCAACGAUCUGUUUGUGUGUGUUGCCCAAGGCUCAGUAUUUGAUACGGAAAACGUAUUAAAAACAUUCUGAUACGCGUAACAUUUUUUUUCUUCUUCUAUUGUGAAAUUGCAAAGGAUAUAUUCAACGAAGAUCUAAUUAAUUAAUUAAAAUUUUCUGAGGUUCUCACAUUGUAUGUCCAUACGGUUUUACUGAUUCAGUUUUUUUUAAAAUAGCUCUUGAUAAAACAGUGACGCUCAUACAAAGCGGUUACGUCGUGGGACUUCUCUUCAGUUCUUUGGUGUUAGUGUUUUAUUCCAUGGAUUAUACCGUUGGCUGUAGCUGACCAUUGGUCAUGCUGUGUCUACUCAAAAGGCCAUCCUCCCCAGAGGCCAGUUGUGCUGUCUACGCUCGGGCCACCAAAGAUUACUCCAACGUCUACGACCCUGGGAGCCUUGCGUUCAAAGAAGGGGAUAUCAUCACUGUACUAGAACAGAAAGCUGACGGGAUAUGGCGAGGGUAUGUGUUUCAUGAGGGCAGGAUGGCCAAGACUGGCAUGUUCCCGGCCAAUCACGUGGUACUAGUGGACAGUAAAGCUCUAGCACGGCAGCAACAGCAGCAGCAACAUCAGCAGCAUCUCCAGAAGCUCAACUCUAAGCCCGGCCACAUGUUCGGCCCGGUGCCGGACCUGCUCAGCAGGGGGCCUCCCGUUUUCGGCACCGUGAGCACGACCGUCACCAUACACAGCCACAGUGGAGGAAGUGAUAGGGGGUCCUUGGAAAGUUCCAGCACCGAGGACAGCCAGCCCAACACCUCACACAGUUUCCCCUCUACCCCGUCGACGGGAUAUCCGCCUCCUCCCCCCGCCUCCUUGAUAUCUUCAUAUCCUCCCAGAAGUCCACUAACCAGAGAUACCAGCUGUGCUGACUCUGGAUUUUCCAGUUCUCAGAGUUUACCUCAGAACACCCCAUCUUCACCUGCUGCACCUCAACAGUUUGGCAAAUCACCCUUUGCUUUCGGCCCCACGGUGAUCGCCCCCAACGGCAGCAAUCAACACUUCUACGCCAGCAACGGCAACGGGCCCAUUCAGGAGUACCACCAUCAGCAGCAGCACCCCCCUUAUCACAUUCAACACCACCCACAGCAUGGGGAGUGGCCUGCCGCCCCCACUGCCCUGCCUGCCCACGGAGGGGUGGGGGCAGACAUGAGGGGUGCCAGCCCAGCCAAGGACAGCCCCGGACACAGCAACCGCAACAGCGCCGCCAGCAGCGACAGUGGGCGAGGCUACAGCACCGGACACACCGAUGCCAAGUUCCUCCAGCCCACCCACAACUUCAUCAACAUCCACGUCAACAACCAGCAGCACCGACUGUCCGGCCAGAGCUACGAGUCCGGCGUUUCCUCCAGACAGAGCUACCACAGUACGUCCAGCUCCAGCCUCGGUAGCCUGGACCGUCUGGAGGAGCCUGGCUACACCUCCACCAUCAACGUCCUCCAGCUGUUCCAGGCCGGCGUGCCUGACAACGAGGUGCUCCAUGCCUGGCUCCAUGAACUUGGCUUUGUGGAGUACUAUCCUUUGUUUUAUCAAGCCGGCUACGAUAUGCCCACCAUCUCCCGUAUGACCCCUGAGGACUUGACUGCCAUUGGUAUCACAAAGCCUGCACACAGAAAACGUCUCAAGAGUGAGAUCGCUCGUCUCAACAUCCACGAUGGAAUACCCGACUAUAAGCCUAAUGACCUCAUGGAGUGGCUCCACCUGCUGGGGCUUGGCACCUACCUGGACACGCUCUGUGGUCAGGGCUAUGACAACAUCGAUUACGUCACUGACAUCACCUGGGAGGACCUGGAAGAGAUUGGAAUACAAAAACUAGGUCACCAGAAGAAGAUCAUGCUGGCUAUAGACAGGCUGAAGAGGAUUACCAGUGGGGGGAAGAGGUUGUCAUCUGUGGAUGGUCGGACUGCAUCAUUGGAGCUGUUGGAGCCACCCCCACCAGCUCCCCCCAUUACAGGGAGAUGGUCUGGUAGUGAGAUGACUGCCAUCCCACAGCACGUGUAUGAAACCACGAUGGGCGGGGCGCGCCCCAAGAAGUCCCCAUCGGGAGACAGCAUUAGCACUAUCAGCAGCGGAAACAGUGGGAGCAGUGUGGGGAGCGGUGGCGCAGCUGGACAGGGGGAAAUGAGGGUCAUUCCCUUGCCCAGGGAGGAUGCUGGACUUGCAGGAGCAACUCCUUACAGACACAACUCAACGGGGAGCGCUGGAAGUUUGCAGCCUGACAUAGUGGCCAUCCAGGUCAAGAGGAACACAAGGUCAAGUACAUCGGAAGACAAGAGGGACAGUAAUGGUCAGCCACUCAUGUAUCACUCGUUUCAAGGGUCGACUAGAAGAUCUUCUGAAAACGAUGUGUUUUUAGACAACACUGGGAAAGUAUUGGAUGAGAAUGACUUUGCAACAUAUCAAGUGGCACUAGACAAACGCAAUCCUGUCCCCAAGGCGAUGGUCAAGUCUGAAUCUGAGAAACACGAGUCGGAGAUUAAUACUGAUGGAAAUAAAAGUUUGUAUUACAGUGCGACUCAUGUCAAACCAGGUCCAAACAAUAACAACAACAUGGCUCGGGUAGAUGCCCGAGAACAUAUUUAUGAUACUCCGCAGAUUGUUCCUCCGCACAUAUCCCAGACUGCAAUGAAUGUCUCACUGACUGGGUCCUUGCAUAUCAAUACAGAGAAUGAUUCAACGUUUUCUGGUCAGCCCAAGUCUUUGUCCCCUGGAGGCAAAGGGGCUAAGAAAAUACCUCCUCCUCCGCCUAAACGAACCCACUCUAUAAGGGAGGAAACUAAUCUACUGUCUCAGAGUGCACCUGCAUCACCCAGCAGAAACUUGAAUGCACCAACAACAAUAACAGUUUCUGCCUCUGUGCACCCUCAGCCCACUACAAUUGUUGCUGCUUUAAAGCAGCCUCCACCUCCUGUCAUGCAGAAGCCCCAGAAGCCACAUUCACCAUCUGUGGCAAACAAGUUUCAGCAGCAGAUUCAGACACAUCCCCAGCAGCCCAUGCUCCCACCACAACAACAACAGCAGCAGCAACCUCAGCAUUACCAGCAACAGACCCAAUCUACGCUCAACGCUCCAGCUGUGGCCCAGAAGCCUCUGUCUCCCAAGCCUGGAACUGCUCCAAAACUAAUAGUAGCAGCUACACCCAUCUCUCCACAGCCUGCCCCUUCCUCCCAGCAGCCUCCAGUGUUUGCCAAGCCCAAGGUCAUCAUUCAGCCACAAGUGCAGCAGCAGGCACAGCCAAAAUCACCAGUGCCACCCAAGUCUCCGAUGGCAAUGGCCAACAUGCCUAAACCUCAACAACAGCUGCCUUACAUAGCACAAGUUCACCCAUCACAGCAGCAUCCUCCAUCUCAGCCAUCAUCUCCACAUCCUGCCACAAAUAUCCCCGCUGCCCAUACUGGACAGCCUCAAGUUCAGGCAUUUGCCAGCUGCGUAAAAAGCUUGUCUGAAAAGUUCGGCAAGAAAACAGAGGAAGAAGAUCAGUUCCCCGACAAUGUGUCAACUGACAGCGACGAUUUCCCUCCUCCACCGCCACCAAUUGCUAUGGAUAUCAUCACUCCAAAAAUACACAACUAUGGAAUACCUUCCUUACGAGGGAAAGGAGAGUAUGGCAUGCACCAGCGUGAUUAUGGAAAUAAACCCAGGCCCAACCAGCCAGGGCCACGGAAUUUCAUUCCACCAGGCAGCUCUGCUAUGAAUCAUCCUCGCCUUGCAGGUAAUGUAAUGCCUGUACUGCCCACACCUAAACCAUCCCCCAACACUCACCCUGGGCCAAUCGGUGGAGUCCAGCUGCGUAAGCAUCCAAAUGCUCUUUCGGUAACCAGUGGGUCUCCAGCUGGCAGUGAGCAUGAGAGCACACCAGAGCAUGACACCAUGCAUGCCAUAUGCCACGACAAGCGUAGCGAGUCGACCACCAGCUUCGAAUCAAACUCAUCCUCCUCGAGCAUAGACUCCAACACUCUGCCAUUCGCUAAUGAAAAUGUUGGGACCAUAAAGCAAAGAGCCGCCAACGCUAAACCCUCCAUUGUCCAGACUGUGGACAUGGAUGGUGGACAUAGGAAUGUGGACCUUAACCCCAAUGUGUUUGACAAUGAAUCUCUAAAAUAUUCAAACUCCUCAUCUCAGUACAAAUCACACACGCAGCAUAUGACUAUCAAUGAGCAGUCAAGGUCAUCAGGUUACAAUGGAAGCAUGCCACCCACACAUGUACAAAAUAAAGUCAACAAACCACCCAACCCCUCAGGUGCAAUAAGAGCCCCAGUACCAAACCCUAAACCCAUGCUGAGUCCUAAACCCUCCAGACCAAUCUCUGAACCUUCAGAUGUGUUGCCUCCACUUCCUGCAGAAAGUCAAAAGCCAGUCAGUUCUGGGAAUGUUUUAAGUGACAUUGAUGACAUGCUACAAGGACUUACAGAUGAACUGGAUGCCAUGCUAGAACAGGAGAUGAACAGCUGAUGACCUACAUUUCAUCAUUAGCGAUUCACAUAAUUAUUUAUUGUUGUUUUUUUUUUUGGUUUUGUUACAUUUGUUGCUUUAAAAAUAGAAUCUGUUCAUCAAAACUUGUGUUUGCUUUAAGUUAUAAUCACCAUGUGAAACUGUACAGAGUUUUUAUUUAUUGAACUUUGGAACAAAACAUUUUCAUUUUGCUUUGACAUUUGUAGUGAUAUCUAGGUUUUGUUUCUAUUAUGUUGUGGUACAAAUUGACAGUGUAGUUUUAUUGGUGCAUGACUGGUCACUUGAAGGAUGUUUGAUAUUCUUUCAAAAUUAAAUAGGAUCUGAAGACUUGAUAGUUAACAACUCAUUUUCCAAUCAGAAAGUCCAUUGUUUCAAAUCUUGGAUAAUUUUUUUUUGUUUUAGAAUUAGUUAUACCCCAGAAAUCAUAUUAAGAAAACUGCUGACUUCAUUGAUGUCAUUCAAAAACUGGACUUGGAAGAAUAUUUAAUUCAUGAGCAAAUUAUGUUAUGAGAAUCAGCGUGUAUUAUGUAUUAAGAUGAAGGUCUCUGUAGUUAAUACAGUAUAUUAACUUGUCAACAAUUUCGAGCAUUACAUUUAGGUAAUGAUAGUUGACAAGUAACCAUUGAAUUAACUUAUUAUGAUUAAAGAAUUCUGAUUCCUGUGGAUGAAAUAUGGAAUCUAUAGCUUUAACAAAGGCAAACCAUCUUCAAAUUAGAGUUAUAGUUAUACAUACAUUUUAAACAUAUCUAUUUUUAAGACAUUUUGAAAACAUUAGUAAGAUUCAAAGGCACCCUUAAUGAGUUAUAAAUGGGAACAUUGGCCCCACACCUUUGGGGGGGGGGGGGGGGGCGCCUUGCGAUAAAAAUAAUCUUUUGUGACCAUCAUAUAUGAUACUCGCCCAUGGCCCUGUCCACUGCUAAGGUUGCCUCCUAAAUCAGGUUUACUUCUGUCCCUUUAAAAACUAGCUAUUAUGAAUUCACUUCUUCUAUAGUUGAGUUGUGCUAGUUUAUCAUAUUUGGGCCCAUAGGCUGAAUGUUAAUAAGAUUCUAUAUAAGUCACAGCACAAUGACUUUUGGUAGUUUCAUGUUGUUGAGUCAAGUGUACAUAUUAAUUGAAAAUUAAUAAACAUUGAAGUUCUUGUUGACCUUUUGACCUCUUGUCAUUAUGUUAGUCAUAUCAGUCUGUUGGCUUAGGAAUAUAAUGCAAGUGAUCAAAAUUAUUUGCAAUAAUGUUUAUGCUGUUGUUCUUUUUGUAUCAAGACUACAGACAAAUUUAUUAAGAAAUGAAGAUAAAAGAAAUAUAUCCCAGAAUUCAUAGUUAUAUAUAUUGUAUCUCCCAUAAUUCCAUGUAUAUUCAGUGACUUAUUAUUUUAUUAAUACAUUAGUGUAAAUGUACUUAACUUAAAAAAAACAAAAGAUUCAAUUAAUUGCAUGUUUUUGUUGGUGUACAUCUUGAAAGCUUUGGCACAACUAGAAUGACAGGGCAUCCUUUUUCACCCAAACAGGGCCCCGUGUUAAAACAUGAAUUUUUUUUUUCUGUUAAUGUUCACUCCAUCAUCGAGUUUUAAAAUAAUCUUCAUUCUAUUUUCAAUGAAAUGGCACUUCUCACCGUAUGCAAAACCUUUGAUGUUAAUGAUCUCCCCUUGGCAGAGUAGACGUAUACAUUCACUGAAAUGCUUACAAAGCAUUUAUAGAAAGAAUAAUGUUAACAUACCAAAUGUGCAUAAUUUAAUAUUCUUUUUUGAAUAUGUAAUAAAUAUUUAGGCUAAGGUUGUGUAAAAAAGUAAUUUACUUUCUGUACAUUUGAUGAUCUUUUACUGCACUUGUAGUUGUUUUUUUUUUAAAUGUUGUGUGUACUGUCAUUUCAAACAUACUGUAAACUCUUUGUCAAAAGCUGUACAUAAUUAGAAUAAUAAAUUUAAGUCUGCCAAAACUUUGUUGAAGUGAAUACAAGUAAAAUAAAAUCAUUUAGAAUAACUAAAGAAGUCUUUAAUUUUUCUGCCCUAACAGUGUAACGUGUGAAAUUACAAACAUGAACACACAAAAAAAAGUAAUAUUUAUUGCUUUGUACGUUUAAUUAUUAAGAUAUGUUACCAAGUGAACAUUUUUUGCUGAAUUAAAGAUAAUUUUAAGAGAUAGUUGGCCUGGUCAGACAAUAUUGAAGUUUACUUAUUACUGUCUUGCCAGGAAGUGAUUUUUUUUUUUAAGUUGAAUAAAUACAAGUUUGAACAUGCCUUAAUGGCAUUCAGUUUUAUUGUUUGCCUAAUUAUUGCAAGCACCUCAAGAGUGAAGGUCGAUUAAAAUUUUGCCUUGUUUUUUUUUCUUAUUAAAUUUUUAAACAAAAACUCUGAUAAAAGAAUUGUUUGUGAAAUAAGACCUCCAUGUUUAAAAGAAAAUAUAGAUUUAUAUACUUUAUCUAGUGGUUUGCAUUUUGGACUGUCAUCCAAUGGUCCUGAGUUCAAACCCUGCCCUGCCAUUCUUCCGGGGGAGGGGGGGGGAUGUUUGGGCUAGGAUGUAAUAAUCUUCAUUUCUGAAAGAAUGUCCAAAACUUGUAAAACAAAUAAAAUUGGAUAGUUGGAAAAAAUAUUUGUAAAAUUGCUAUAACCUAUUUUGUGAUUGUUACUUUUUUUUUUUCAUUUCAUUGAUGGUAUGUUUACAGUUAGGCUGAUUUUAUCUUGUACAAGGCUGAUUUUAUCUUGUACAAUUUUCACACCCACCUCUGCACUCAGCACUAUAUGGUUGACAAAAGUUGUGCAUCAUUUUUUAUCAAGUGAACAAGUAAAACUGAAAAGUGCAAUUAUUAUUUUUGAAUUAACAGCAAAACAUUACCUCCGAUGAAUAUUUUUAGCUAGCCAAGUGAUGUGUUCCCUGGCCAGAGUUUUUAAUCUUGUGAAACUAAAUGUCUUUGUAUGUCUUCACUGACAUUUUAAAAAUCUCAAUUGAUGUGAUAAAAUUCCUUAAUGUUUUCAUUUUUUUUAUUAGAAAUAUCAAUUUUUCAAAAUCUAACAGAUGUAUACCUUUUUAUAGUUGGAAUGAAUUGUAAAGAAAAUAAUAAUUUUUUUGAUAUGUUUGAUUUUAUCUAAGUCAACAAUAUAAUAGACAACAGUAAAACGUUGAUUAUCUGGAUUAAUUGUGUUUGGGGUCUCUCCGGAUACUUGAUCAUCCAUAUAAUCUAAUGCAGAAUAUUAUAAACAGACCAUUUCGCCAAUUAUGUAAGGAAAGUUUAUAAUGGAAUAUCGAGCCAUACAUAAACAAAAAAUUUAAGUGAAAUAUACAGCGAACAAAGGGUGGCACAUAGUAGCCUAACUUUAUAGAGAUCUAAAUUCUGAUCUUGCGCUGUAUCAACGUGAUCAUUUCUGCCAAGUUUCGAAUUCUUUUAAAGAACAACAAUGGAUUAGGUAGCAUCCUGAAAAAAGGCAGUUCAGGUAUUUGACAUCCGUUAAUCAACAUUCUACUGUAUUUCUAUUAGAUCUGCUAGUUUAUAUUGAAUCGUGUAUUUCUCUAAGAAGGGAGAGAACACUUUCUUUAAAGUAUCUAAGGAUUAUGGAACUUGAAAAAUGGAUUUAGGAUUGGCUCUGUACGAGCGUCUCAUGAUGGUGAUUUAUUUCUGUUCUCCUGAUUUGUCUUUCUUUCAUUUGUUUGUUGAUCAUUCACUUUGGCUGUGAUGUUGGAUUUGAUAGCAUUGUACAAUAAAAUGUAUAGAGCAGUGCAGUGAAGUUCAACUCAAAUUACACACUCUUAAGUUGCCAAAUACUUUUUGUUCUUGUGUGAUUUCAUUUCUCAUGGCUUAAAAACAAAAAAUGUUUUUUCUGAAGAAAUCUGAACAUUUAUUGUGUAAAUAGUAUUACCAUAAAUUAUGAUUAAAUUUUUAAUCUUUUUUUUUAGGAUGUCAUAUUAGAUUGUAAUGCUAAGUUUUUUAAAAAAAUGGUCAUGUACACCAUAAAGUGUAAAAGUUUAGUUUAGUAAAUGUUUAUUAAGCCAAUUUAUAUAUAAUAUUUUAUAUAGAAGUUAUCGCCAAGGGUUAGUUUACUAUUCAAAUAUAGGUAGAAUUGACUUGCACAAAAAUUGUGUUGAGUAUAUAUAUUAACCUAUAUUAUUAUAUUGUUUUAGUUGUGAAAAUAUAUCUAUGUUUUACAUCACUAAAUUCAUAGAAUAUAUUGUUUCUUAAAUUACAAUUUUUAGAAAAAAUUCUUAUUUUGUAAACCAUUUUUAAAGAUGUUAGGUUUCUUAAAAUCACUGUUACAGUCUAAAAUUAAAAUUGCAAUAUGCACCAAGGGUUCAAUGAUU